AUGCAGGAUAUCUGCAAUGAUGUACUGUCUCUUUUGGAAAAGUUCUUAAUCCCCAAUGCUUCACAAGCAGAGAGCAAAGUCUUUUAUUUGAAAAUGAAAGACGACUACCGUUACUUGGCUGAGGCUGCUGCUGGUGAUGACAAGAAAGGGACUGUGGACCAAUCACAACAAGCAUACCAAGAAGCUUUUGAAAUCAGCAAAAAGGAAAUGCAACCAACGCAUCCUAUCAGAUUGGGUCUGGCCCUUAACUUCUCCAUCUUCUAUUACGAGAUUCUGAACUCUCCAGAAAAGGCCUGUUCUCUGGCAAAGACAGCUUUUGAUGAAGCCACUGCUGAACUUGACACAUUAAGUGAAGAGUUAUACAAGGACACCACGCUAAUAAUGCAAUUACUGAGAGACAACUUGACACUGUGGACAUCGGAUAUCCAAGGAGAUGAAGCUGAAGAAGGAGGAGGGGAAAAUUAACUGGCCUUCCAACUUUUGUCUGCCUCAUUCUAAAAUUUACACAGUAGACCAUCUGUCAUCUAUACUGUCCCACAAAUAGUUUUUUGUUUACGGUCUAUGACAGGUUUAUGCUACUUCUAUUUGAAUUUCUAUAUUUCCCAUGUGGUUUUUAUGUUUAAUAUUACGGGAGUAGAGCCAGUUGAUAUUUAGGGAGUUAUCUGUUUUCAUCUUGAGAUGGCCAAUAUGGGGAAGUGGAAUUUUUAUACAAGUUACAAAUGUUUGCCAUAGUACUUUUGGUACACUGAGGCUUCACAAGGGCCAGUGUUAAAACUGCUUCCAUGUCUAAGCAAAGAAAACUGCCUACAUAUUGGUCUGUCCUGGUGGGGAAUAAAACGGAUCAUUGGUUCCAGACACAGGUGUAGUUAUUGUGGGUACUUUAAGGUUUGGAGCACCUCUGAGGCUGUGGUAGAAACAGAUAGCCCAUGGGUCUUCCGUGUAUGGAGGCUUGUGUUUCUGGGGAGUGAGCAGUCUGAGCGCGCACACCUGUGACUGCAGCUG